UUUAACUUUGGUUUUUAAAAAAUAAAAGGAAAUAAAGGCCAAUAUAAAUGUUUCCGUUACAUAUCUAAUAUUUACUAGAAUAUUACCUUUUUGUAGUUAAAAUGUUAUCACAGCAAUUAGAGCUAUUAUCCGAGAGCCCUUUGCAAUGGACAUCUGUUUCUUAUGUUACCCCGGAAAUACAGAAAAAGGAAAUCCGACCAUUUGUUUUGUUGGCUCUGAAAGAGUUGGAAGGUGAACCAGACAGUAGAACGUCCAGUUUACAGAAUGCGAAUAAGUUUGCUGCAGUCAGAUCUAUCGUAAGACAUGUUGCAAGGUUACGCUCGGCUACCAAAGAGCCGUGGAGUGCUAGCGACAUGCAAAUAUUUCUGGAAGGACUAAGACUUUCACCAGAGUGCGCGGCCGAGUUGACAGCAUUCCUUUGUACAGAUAAAAUAUAUGAAAAUAUACCAAAACAUGUACGAGUAAAACCUGGAAUAGUCAAUAUGCAAUGGAAGAUUGAUUUAUCUUUAAGCCAAUCAAACAUACAAUUAGAAAAUGCAACUCCACAGCGUUCAAAAGAAAUUAUGAACAGAGAUACGCAGGUUAUUCUUAUAUUUAAUUUAACAGACGGACAGAUGAAGACAUACAGAUUGUCUAUUAGUAAAUUUCAUGAACUAAGAUAUAUUGUCGCAAGUGCUUUGAAAAGUAUGAUAAUAUUGGAGAAGAGGAAAUGUAUGAAAAGGGACUGACAAAUACAUUUCUGGGGGUAGUUUUACCUUUUGGGGGUGAGCUGAGAUGCAUGAGCCGGACGAGCCUAAACAACCCAUUCAAUGAGAUCAUUCAAAAAUCG